UCAAAUAUGACCAAACAAAAGUGAAAUGAAAAGUUGAGAAAAAGAUUGAAUUAUAAGAUGCCAAGUGUAACUAUCACUGGGAAACAAAUCGCUACAUUUCUUCAACUGGGAUUACUCAGUGUUUUAGUAUAUUAUGGUGUUCAAUUAGUUAUUGAAACUAUGGACCCGACCAAGAAACGACCCGGACAAUUAACUCGAAAAGAGGUAUUGUGUAUUUGGGCUGUUUUACUACACGAAAGACGUGAUCUGUCGAGAGGAACGUCGGCAAAGACAAGAUAGUUCAUACGAUAACUUGUCUGUGUAUAUUAAAUAUGGCAACAGAUAGUUCAUCUGUCAAGAUGAACAGACAUAAUUUGUGUUUAUGAUAUUUGUGUACUUGCAGUUUUAAAUUAUACCGGUAUAAAAUAUGGCAGUGUUUACGUCAAAUUGAUGGCUGAUAAUUCAAGUUGACGUCAUCAAAUUUUAAUCUCAUCUACAGAUCUUUGCCAAAAAUUGGCUGCAGAAUUUAAAUCUUCAAACUCAAAUUAGUCCAUAACGAAAAUUUCUUGAUGUUCGGUAGGGAUGUGCCGGGUACAGCUUUGCCGGACACCGGCGAUGGUAUUUGGUUGUCAUAGAUGAGUUGUGUGCUUGAUUUACACAGUACAACUCAAGUUGUAAGCAGGUUGCAUGUGACAGUUUUAGUCAAAACUUGUUUAGUGUGAAUCGGCCUCGGCUUUUAUCGGAUAGUGUCGGUUGUCUAUAUUUUACCGGGUAUCAUAUCUGGCACAUCCCUUAUGUUUGGACAUUCAGGGAGUGAUGUACAGCAUUUUGAAAACUUUGUUUUUGCUUUACAUUUGCGUGGAAUUUUCGAUGCUGUGAAAAAACUUUUCAUAGUAUAUUUGGCUAUAUGUGAUAUUAUGUAAUAUAAGAUAUUUGCUUAACUGUGUAUUUGCUAUAUGUGAUAUUAUGUGACUAUUAAAUUCAUUUGACUUUUGAUAGGCUGACAAUUUGUUACAAAAGAUUGGUUUGAAAGGCGUCAAAGUAAGAAAACAUAUUCAUAAGAGUUUUGGGAAAACAUAUUGAUGAAAGUUUUAUCUGGCUAUAGUAAUAGUACAUUUAUGAUUUUAUUACAGUUAACCGAACAUGAAUUAUCGUUGGCAUCAACUUUAGUAGACCCAUUGACAAUUUCUGUCAACUGGUCAGACAUCGGAGGUCUGGAUAGUGUAAUUAAAGAUCUAAAGGUUCAUUGAAACUUUUUAAAUUCAUUUAAUUCUUGCUAUAUUUUUCUAUUUGUUUAUUUAGCCAAAGCUUAAUGUUUAUUUUACUUCUAUUUUUAGGAGACAGUUAUUUUGCCAAUGAGGCAAAAAUCUUUAUUUAGAAAAUCUCAUUUACUUUCAGCACCAAAAGGUAAAGAUUAACCCUUUAAGUGGCAAUGCGCCCAGAUGCAUCCUACUUUAUUACUUUACUCUGUCUAACACCAGAUGAUUUUACUCAUCAGGGGGAGACUGCUGCCGUUCAAUGGGUUAAUCUUUAAAUUAUUUAUUAGAGUUAGAUUAUUUUAGAUUCAGGAUUUUAACAUGAAAGCAUGUUACUAAACUUGUUUAAAUUUAUAAUAUUAUCGUUUGUGGAAACAGCAUGUUAUUUUUAUAUUUAAUUGAAAAAUUAUAAAUAAAAAUUUUAAAAAAAAUUUUAAAAAUAUAUAAAUAAAUUAAUAUUUUAUAAAUAAAAAUUAAAUAAAUUUAUAUUUUAUUAUAAAUAUAAAUUUAUAUAAAAAAAUUAUAUAUUAUUUAUAUUAUAUAAUAUAUAAUUUAUAUUUAUAAAAAUAAAUUAUAUAAAAAUAAAUUUAUAUUUUAUUUUUAUUUUUUUUAAAUUUUUAUUAAUUAAAUUUAUUUCAUACUAGGCGUGUUAUUAUAUGGACCUCCAGGAUGUGGUAAAACAAUGAUUGCCAAGGCAACAGCCAAAACUGCAGGUUUUUGUUAAACUAAACUAUAUUAUUGUACCAAUUUUAAACUUCACUACUGCUGAGGAUCUGACAUUUAUGGUUUAUUUAAAUUAAGGGUGUCGUUUUAUCAAUGUCCAAGUAUCCUCUUUGACUGACAAAUGGUAUGGAGAAUCACAGAAAUUAGCUGCUGCACUUUUUACACUUGUAAGUCUUGAACAACGAUCACAUACCCGAUCAGAAAUGACCAUGCUUUUUUAAUUGGUUCCUUUAGCCCAAUUUACACUACAUUUUUUUACUUAAAAGCAUGAUAGGUUCACUCAAUCUUCUGCCGUAGCCGUACUUUAUAUGUUCUGGUGCAUUCCUAAUGGUGAUCUAUUUGAUUUUUCAGGCUAGGAAAUUGGCUCCUUGUAUAGUAUUUAUAG